UGUCUACAGCCUGUUCAUUGGCCCCAACCGAACUGUUGUUAUUAAUGGAGUGGAAGCCCUGAAAGAAGCUCUGGUGAACAAGGCUCAUGAUUUCUCUGGACGACCACAGGACAUGUUUAUUAAUGAUGUCACCCACAGGAAAGGUCUAUACUAUACUUUCAUAUAAGACUACAUCUGUGAGAUAAGAUCGUCUUUGACUGUCUUUACCUACUGUAAAGAGGCUUAUACGUGAGCUUUAGGUUGCUAAUGUACUGUAUGGAAACACCUCAGUGCAGAAAUAAGGAUUGAAAGCCUCAGAAGCAAAAAUCUCUAAGUAAUCCCUGCAAAGAUUUACAAAUUUAUAGAAAUAUUUGUCAAGACCAUCAUCAUCAUUAAAGAUGGCAGAUCGAGUCCAUUUGGACCGAGUCAGAGACACACAGAACUAGAAUAAAAGUCAAAACAGUCUCUUUAAUACAAACUUAAACAAUAGACAAACAAAAAACACUCCUGAUAAAAGGAAACCAACAUAGCCAGGAGGGGGAUAAUGCAUAAUAAACAGAACAAAGCUACAAUACCAGAUAACUAAUAAGACUAACUAAAACAGAGCUAACAUUCAUAAUGUGCAUCUUAUGUGCAGUGCAGAGCGUGGUUGACAUGGCUAAACAAGGCUAAACAAAACCUACGCAUGGCAUAACAUGCUAAUCAUGGCUGAACAUUGCUGAGCAUAUGAGAGGCACCAGUGCACAUCUUACCGUAUGUGCAAAGCAACGCGUGGCUGACAUGACCAGAGAACUCGGCAAAAUAUGAACAAGAGCUAGUAAGAUAAAUGUGGCACGACAAAAGGUAAGAAAUACCCAACUAAACAAAAGACUCGACACCUGGACAACUUUGGACACACCGUGGCAACAGACGUCAUCUGAGGUGGGACCACUGUGGCGGCUGAGCAGAAGGAGUCCUCCUUUGACCACCACAGAAAACAGGACCAGGAACAAGGGCAGGCGUGGUCACCCCCAGACCGGAAGACACCGGGAGAUAGAGGCGAUGAGCAGCAUGGGCAUCCACAGCAUUGGGCUCUGAAGCAGGUGGAACUGGCCAAGCCACUGUAGCAGCAGUGCUGGAGUUCAAGAGCUGUGUCGCGUGUUGAGCCCUGGCUUCAGGCCAUGGUUCAGUACCGGCGGGGUAGAGCAGGCACCACAACAAACAAUGAGGCCAGACAUGGAGCUGGGACUGUGGUUGACAUUUUGGCAGGACAUGGAGCUGAUGCAGCAGCAAGACGUGGAGCUGAUGUGAACCAAAAGGCAGGUGCAGAGACUGGCUGAGGAAUGGACGGGACGCGGAGCCAAGGCAUGGACAGGACGUGGAGGCAAGUGGACUAGUGGCAGAAUGUGGAGCUUGACCAGGGCAUGGAGCUGCAGCAGAGAAACGUGGAGCAGGGCAUGGAGCUGAAGCAGAGAAAUGUGGAGCAGGGGUUCCAGAGGCCAGGUGUGAAACAGAAACUGGAGCAUGGGAGUAAUUGUGGUAGAUUACGGCCCUCGAUGGAAAGAACAUCGUCGCUUUGCCCUGAUGACCCUGAGGAACUUUGGUCUGGGGAAGAACACCAUGGAGGACAGGAUUCAUGGAGAGAUACAACACAUCAUCAAAACCCUGGAGAAGAACAUUGGCAUAAAGAUGAGUCCUCAGGUUAUGUUCCAUUAUGCAGCCACUAACAUCAUCUGCCAAGUUCUGUUUGGGACACGGUACGAGUAUGAUGACGAGUUGAACAAAGAGAUUGUCCGCUGCUUGACACAGAUUAACAAGGCAAUCAAUGGUCCAUGGGCUAUGUUGUAUGAUUCACUUCCAUUUAUCCGCAGCCUGCCGCUGCCCUUUACUAAAGCCUUUAGGAAUAUGGAGACUGUAAGGACACUUGCAAAAAAAUUAAUAAGAGAGCACAAGAAGAGCCGAGUCCCUGGAGAGCCUCGAGACUUUUUAGACUGCUAUCUAGAUGAACUGGAAAAGAGAGACAGUGAGAAGACUACAUUCUCAGAAGAACAACUGAUAAUGUACGCGAUAGAUCUUCAGUUUGCUGGGACUGAUACUACCUCCAACACCCUUCUCACUGGCUUCCUCUACCUCAUGACCCACCCAGACAUACAAGAGCGUUGUCAACAGGAGAUAGAUCAGGUGAUGGAAGGGAAGGAUCAGAUCUGCUUUGAUGACAGGCACAACAUGCCUUUCACACAGGCUGUGAUCCAUGAAGUACAGAGGGUAGCCAACACUGUUCCACUCAGUGUUGUUCAUUGUACAACUAGAGACACAGAUCUGAUGGGAUACUCCAUUCCCAAGGGUACUGUGAUUAUUCCAAACCUCUCAUCACUGCUGAAUGAACAAGGACAAUGGAAAUUCCCAAAUGACUUCAACCCUAAAAACUUCCUCAACAACAAGGGCGAGUUUGUUAAACCUGAGGCCUUCAUGCCUUUCUCUGCAGGUCCUCGUACAUGUCUGGGAGAGGGUUUGGCUCGUAUGGAGCUCUUCCUCAUCAUGGUGACUCUGCUGAAGAAGUUCAAGUUCAUAUGGCCUGAAGAUGCCGGAGAACCAGAUUACACGCUAGUGUAUGGGGCCACUCAGACUCCCAAACCUUACUACAUGAAGGUCCAACUCAGAGAGAUUCAGUAAGAACAAACGAGAGAGAAACUCAUAGCAAUAUCAUAAAAAUAAAAAAGGGGUUUAUUAACACCUUUAAACAAACACAGUUCACCUACUGUGUCCUGAAGCCAUCCUUUCACCACAUAAACCAUGUAGACAGCCAUACACAUGAUGAUCACAUAACACCACCUUUGUACAUUGUUCCAUAAUGGGAUUUGUUGUUUUGGACAUGGCCCAUGAUUUGCCGCGCUACACCUCGUGCUUCAAUUCUUUCCUUUGUCAAACGCUUUUGACAUGUGUCAAUAAAACAAGAUAAUUACCUGUCA